AUGCAGACCACCGAGUGGGAUGCGCGUUUCCUGAGCGCCAAAGUCUCCUACUGCCUGGAGCAGGCUCUCCGGUCUCUAGGGACCACCUUUGAAGAGUCUCAGAAGGACGUGCUGAAGACGAGCAAUCGCGUCUCAAAGAAGUACUCCCGGAAGAAGCAGGACGAGACGCUGCUAGGCAUGGACAACAGGAACUCCAAUUCGGGAUCUGCCACGCGCCUUGCUGGCCGUGGCAAUCCUCUCAGGACUGGCGCCUUGAUCCACCUGCGCGGGCCGGGGGGUGGUCUUACGGUUGCUGACGACAAAGCUGUUGUGAUGCGAUGGGCUGGCGACACGUCAGAUCAGAAGUUUGUGGUGGAAGCUGCAGAAGAAGAGCGCUUCGGUUUCAGCUCCGCCUUGGGAGAGCAAGUGGUGUCUGGUGGGCUCGUCCGCUUGCGCGCGCUGCGUGAUGCUUCGCUGGUCCGCAUAAAGGCCAUUGAGCGUCCGCCGAAGGCGGAUGAAGAGAGCGGCGCGGCGGAGCAUUGGAAUCUGGUCACAGCUGCCGAGAGAGGAGGAACAGAUCCAGAUACGCUCUUCUCCCUCAUGAUCUGGCGCGAGGAGGAGUACCGCAGCGCGCGGAGAUUUGCCAUGCAUGUGCGGCCCUUGAACAAGGGCUGCUUGGAAGUGCGCAGCUUCCGCCCGUGCAAUGAAAAUGACAUGCCACCGGACUUUGCCGAUGUGGGCUGGCGCAUUGCAGCGAUCAACGGCCGCCCAGCCACCUCCGAGGAGAUUGAGUCCAUCCUAGCGCAAGCGCGUCAGGACCUGGAUGAUGAUCUUCUCAGCGAGGAUCCCCAGCCGUUGUGCUCCUCGGAGAGCAUGCGCUCCAAGUCGCAGAAGUUUCAGCCUGCUCGAACCGGCAGCUUGGCGACUGAUGGCAAGGCAACCAAGUACCGCGUGUGCUUCGAGAAGGCCUAUGGGAACGACAUGGUCGUCGGCGUAGGUGAGCGAGUGGUACUACGAGUGGCCUCUGUGCCGGGCGCAGGUGCCGCGGCUGGCGCAGUGGUGGGCUUUGCCGUGGAGAUCGGCCACGGCCCGAGCGGCCUGGAGUCCGGCUCCGGCACCAGGGCUGUCACUGUUUCGGACCUGGCCGAUCCGCUGCCCCUAACCAUCGAGAAUGCUGACAUUGGAAGUCGUGACGAUCCACCCCUUUACAGCUGGGCUGCGGAGGAAAUCAGGCGCCGCGCGGAAGCGAGCCAGCUGCGGGCCUCCUUGGCGGAAAAGUGCCGUGUCGCGGUGGUUGUAGGUUUCAACUCUCGUGCAAAUGGCCUGCGUGGCGCUAUGCAAGCCUGCAACCGUGAGCUUCAUCUUCGGAUGCUGCGCUUGCUGGUCAGCCUGGUGCGCGGCUACCGGGAGGUAGAGGUGCAGUUUGACAGCCACGACGAGGUCAUGGAGGAACUCCGCUUUAGCAGUGUGUCCCUGGACAAUGCCCAGCCGCUGACAGUGCAAGCUGUCGAUGCAGAGGAUGGAGCUGCAGCCAGUGCAGGGGUGCAGGCCGGGGACGAGGUGGUGGAAGCAGAAGUGGACAAGAACGGAAAUCGCGACAGCCUCUACCGUUCCACCAAAGAGAUCGUGCAGGCACUUGGCCUGCGACCAACGCUGACAGCCGCAAAGUCCCGGCUGCCGGUGCUGGAGCGCGGGGUCGUCGCAGCCUCGCCGCGGCCUUCGCCGCCGCCGGCGGGUGCCUCCCCACCUCUGUCCCUCCUCUUCCGCUCACCGGAGCGCGUGCCCGUGGACAGCGGCGUGCAGAAGGUGCUCGUUGCUGAAGCAGGUCUGGUGGCUCAGCUGCUGCCAAGCUGGGAGGAAAUCUCAAGACCAGAAGAGGGAGAGCCCGUCGGCUCGAAAUCGGCCACCGCCGCUCGUUUGCUGCGACACGACGAGUUCUUCCGCUUGAAGUGCUCCCUGGUCACUUCCUUGCUGCGGCAGGGCUGGGAGCUGCGGUACGCCGGCUUCGCGGAGUCCGCCAUGCUGCUGCACCAGCAGCUGGAUGCGCUGACCCGGGAGACGAUCCGGGCUCGAUUUCCAAGUCUCGCUGAAGAAACCAAGGAAGGCCUACUCUCGGAGCAGCUGGAUGUCUUAACUGCCUCCUGGGCUGCCGUGCCGAGACUGGUGAAGGAGCAACAGCCUGAGCAGUUGCGGAAGCUCUUCCGCCACGACGUGGAGCUUGUCGCGAUCCAUGAUGCCGUGGAUGCCGCCUACAAGGCUUGGAUUGAUCAGACCUGUGAUUCCAACAUCAUCGUGGAAAUGCCUCGGGUACUACAGCGUUUCGUGGAGAGGGUGAGGCCACCAUAUGCCAUCGAGGCUCUGUCCUCCGCGUGGAUCUUGCGCGCUUGGUUUACCCCAGAGCACCAGCGGGAGUACGAAGCCGUACAGCGCGUGGUAAGCCGCUUCACCGAAAUCUAUGAGAACACGGAGCAGUACUGGAUGCGCAAGCUCGAGGGUGCGGCUUUGCGGAUGGAGCGAACUCAGGAGCAGCUCGAGCGUGCCUUGGAAAGUGCGGACAUGCGCGUAGCCUUGAUCCCCAGUGACACUGCAGAAGAGGAGCUCCGUCGCAUCCAGGGGCUUCUCACGCCAGAUGAGUUGGUUCUACGGUCGGAGUUGCAGCUGGGUGUGGGCAAAGAUGCGCAGCUCAUCCCUGCUGGAUUAAAGCUGAUGCGCCGAGGGCAGGUUGUGGAUCGAUUCAAGCCAGACAUCAGUUGCACCGAGCUGCAUCGGCGCUUGCCAGAGCUUGCAACCCAAGACGGCUCCGACCUGCGGCUUCUCUUCGGCGGCGAUGGCUACAAUGAAGCGCGCAAGCAGGCGUCGGAGGCCAUCGGCGAGCUGGGCGCGAUCAUCCGUGUUGUCAAAACAGCUGUGGCAGCCUUCCCAGACGUGGCCGCCCAAUGCCAGGAGCUGCUGGACAAGCACCACAAAGGUGAGCUCCGGGCAGUCACGCAGGAGAACAAGAUUCGGAUUCAGAUUCAAGAAAAGGAAGCGGAAGAGAUGGUCAGGACGGCCAACAUCAGGCUGAUGUUGGCAGAGGGUCAGAAAAAGGCAGCAGAAGAGAAGCUGAGAGAGGCCGAGCAGGAGCGAGUCAUGGCCGAGCUGGCUAAGCAAGAUUCGCAAAAGCGCGCGGACCAGUGGUGGGAGAACCUCCAGGUCAUGGCCAAGGAGAAGGACAUGCUGGAGAAUGAGAAGGCGCGGCUGGAGAACGAGAAGCUGCAGUGGACACAGGUGCAGAGCCUUAUGGAGCUCGAGAAGUCUGAGCUCCAGGCGGACAUCCAGAACGCAAAAGAGGAAAGGAAGAGGCUGGAGCACGCCGCUGAGAAGUGGCACCACACCCUGCAGACGGUCAAGGCACAGGCGGAAGAGAAGGAGGCACACCUGAAGGAGAUUCAGGCGAUCUUGCAAAAGCAGCAGGAGGAGGCUCAGUCGAAGUCAAAUGCACAAGAAGAGUCAACAAACUUCACGGUCAGUCAACUGCUGACGGUCUUGUCCAAGGCCUUCAAUGGCGAGGCCCCGCCCGCGCCCGUGUCGCCGGCUCCUAUAGCGCGACCAGUCUCAGAAGAGCCUGCGGACCAUGCGAUGAAGAUGUUCACACGCUUGUACAGCACCACCAGUGCGGCUCCCCGUCCAUCAGUGCAAGGUUCGGCUUACAGGCCCGCCCAUACAGCUCGCGAAUUAAGCGCAGAAGGUUCCGGAACGGACCGCCGCUGA